AUGGAAGGUACAUGCUGUGAAGAGACUCACAAAGACUCACAUUACUCACCAGGUUACUACUGGUUGGGUAACAGCACUCAUAAGGUGCCAUUGGUCUUGCACAAGGAGAACAGAGCAAGAUUGAUCACUACCAUCUUGUCAUCAUCAGACAAGGAUCAGAUUCAACCAAACUCUUGCAUCUUGUUCCAAGGUGGAAAGGCUGAUUACUCUUAUGACUCUGAUCAUGAGCCAUUAUUCCUCCAGGAGAAGUUCUUCUUCUGGGCAUUCGGUUGCGAUAUGCCAGACUGCUAUGGAACCAUUGAGUUGGACAAUGCCGCCAACCCAACGUCAACACUGUUCAUCCCACAGUUGCCAGCAGAGUACGCCACUUGGCUCGGCCAGAUCCACUCCAAGGAGUACUACAAGAAGAUCUUCUUGGUGGACCACGUGGAGUUUGUCGGCGACAUGGCCGCCUACCUCAAGAACAAGCACUGCAAGACCAUCUACACGGUCGAGGGAUUCAACCACGACAGCCACAACACCACCAAGCCAAUGCACUUUAGCGGCAUCAAUGAGUUCACAGUGAACAACAGUAUGGCAUUCCCACACGUCGUCGAGUGCCGUGUCAUCAAGACACCCAAGGAGCUCGAGGUGCUGCGCUACGCUGUCGAGUCGUCAUGCCAUGCUCACAUGCAGGUCAUGAAGAAGAUCCGUCCAGGCCAGCGUGAGUACCAAUGCGAGAGUGUGUAUCUCUACCACGCAUACCACGACUUUGGUUGCCGCAAUGUCAGCUACACAUGCAUCUGUGCCGCCAACACCAACUCGGCUGUUCUUCACUAUGGCCAUGCUGGUGAGCCCAACGCCGCCAUCAUCCGCGACGGUUCAAUGUGUCUGUUUGACAUGGGCUCGCAGUACCACGGUUACUGCGCCGACGUCACCUGCUCGUUCCCCGCCAACGGCAAGUUCACCGACGACCAAAAGAUUGUCUACAACGCUGUGUUGGACGCCUCUCGCUCCGUGCUCGCUGCCAUGAAGCCCGGCGUCGAUUGGGUCGACAUGCACAAGUUGGCUGAGCGCCGUAUCCUCAGUGGACUCCUUCAGGGCGGUAUCCUGACCGGAGGUACACUGGACGAGUUGGUCGAGAACAAGAUUGGCUCGAUCUUCUUCCCUCAUGGACUUGGUCACUUCCUCGGACUCAACACUCACGACGUCGGUGGCUUUGCUGGACCCGAUGCCAAGCCCAAGAUCAACUCACUUCGUACCACUCGUAACCUCAAGGAGGGCAUGUUCAUCACGGUUGAGCCAGGCUGCUACUUCAUCGACCAUCUGCUCGAGACUGCGUUGGCCGAUCCCGCCAAGGCCAAGUUCAUCAACAAGGAUGUGCUGGCCAGGUUCAGAAGAUUUGGAGGUGUCCGCAUUGAGGAUGAUGUUCUGGUCACUGCCACUGGAUCAGAGAACUACUCAAAGAUGUUGCCAAGGACUGUUGAGGAGAUCGAGGCCUACAUGAAGCAUUAA